UUUAUGGUAUUGGUAUGGGAGCUCCUCUUAACCGUCUCGGAUCGCUCGUUAACUCUAUCUCGUUCCCUCUCCCCAACUGCUCCGAAAACUACGUUCUACAAUUAGCUUCUAAGCUUCAAGAACUAUCUCAUGGCGGUGGCAUUUGCUCAACCUCGGUUAUGGUAGGCGAUCAGACCGGAUCUCGCUAUUCUUUCUUCUUCUUCACUAAUGGCUCUCUCUUCGCCGUUUCUGGUUACCGUACUGCCAACUAUAUCCCCUUUGUCUAGCGACAGUUCCAACUCCCGACGCUCAUUCUGCUACUUCUCGCGUCGGCUCGGCGGUGCUCGCUUGAAUUCCACAGCUCGUACACGGAUUUCAGCCGUGUUUGCUGACCUGACAGAUGGUUCUGGCGAUGAUCCACAGACAGUUGCACAUCCGACUAAGCCGAUUAAUGAGAUUGAUUACACAGGAACACCUUAUAUUCCUGUUUACGUAAUGUUGCCUUUGGGAGUCAUGAAUAUGGAUGGGGAGCUGGUUGAUCAGGAUAUUCUGAUCGACCAGCUGAGGAUCUUGAAGUCUAUAAAUGUUGAUGGUGUCAUGGUUGAUUGUUGGUGGGGUAUAGUAGAGAGGCAUGCACCACAACAUUAUAAUUGGAACGGCUACAAAGAACUCUUCCAGAUUGUGCAUAGUAUUGGGCUCAAGUUACAGGUGGUUAUGUCCUUUCAUGAAUGUGGAGGCAAUGUUGGAGACGACGUUGACACUCCACUUCCUCAGUGGGUGACGGAGAUUGGGCAGAGUAACCCUGAUAUUUAUUUCACAGACAGAGAAGGACGACGUAAUCACGAAUGCCUUACAUGGGGGAUAGACAAGGAAAGAGUUUUAAAAGGCCGGACUGCUGUUGAGGUUUACUUUGACUUCAUGAGAAGUUUCCGUGUGGAAUGUGAUGAGUUCUUUGAGAAUAAAACCAUCUCUGAGAUUGAAAUCGGACUUGGUCCAUGUGGGGAAUUGCGUUACCCCUCUUAUCCUGCAAGUUUUGGCUGGAAGUACCCUGGUAUUGGUGAAUUUCAGUGCUAUGACAAGUAUUUGAAGAAGAAUCUCACAAAGGCUGCAGAGUUAAGAGGUCACUCACAUUGGAAAGAUGGACCAGAUAAUGCAGGUUCCUAUAAUUCCCACCCACAUGAGACUAAAUUCUUUUGUGAUGGAGGUGACUAUGAUGACUAUCGAGGAAGAUUCUUCCUUACUUGGUAUUCUCAAUUUCUUAUUGAUCACGGUGAAAGGGUUCUCUCUCUUGCGAAUUUGGCUUUUGAAGGCACUGACGUUGCUGCAAAGCUAUCAGGUAUACACUGGUGGUAUAAAACAGCAAGCCAUGCUGCUGAAUUGACAGCUGGAUUUUACAACCCAUGUAAUCGUGAUGGAUAUGCUCCCAUUGCUGCAAUGUUGAAGAAGCAUGAAACUGCUUUAAAUUUCACAUGUGUGGAGCUGCGAACGUUAGACCAACAUGAAGGCUUUCCAGAGGCUUUGGCAGACCCUGAGGGGUUAGUUUGGCAAGUGUUAAAUGCUGCUUGGGAUGUUGGAAUAAAGGUGGCAAGUGAGAAUGCACUCCCUUGCUAUGAUAGAGAAGGCUACAAUAAGAUAUUACAAAAUGCAAAGCCUCCUAGUGAUCCUGAUGGGAAACAUUUAUCUGCUUUCACUUACCUCAGGCUUAAUCCAACUCUUAUGGAGAUAAACAAUUUCUCCGAGUUUGCACGAUUUGUCAAGAGGAUGCAUGGCCAAUCAUCCGAAAAUGUGCAGGCUCUGAGUGAAUUCUGAGAACACACUGUUAUGUUUCCUUCCAGGUUCAGAAGAUGUUGUUAUUUUUGGUUCAUAUUGAAAACAAAACAAAACAAAAUGACGCCUAAUAAGAAUAUGUACGCCUGUCUUAUUGCGGCGCUAUCAUGUUGAUUCGCUCAAGGACAUUGUAACAUUAUCAUACUUUAUCUAUCUUUAGAUUCAAUGACUAAAACACAGAACAAUCUCUACUGGUGGCAGUUUGUUACUACUAUAGAAUGUUGGUUAUAGAAAUGGACCAAUUAUU